AUGGAGGCGGCGAUGGUGAGCGUGGAGGGCAGCGGGUGCAACAGCCACCCGCCUUACGGCUACGCCCAGCGGCGGGAACGCCUGGCCAAUUCGCGGGCGGCGGCCGCCGCCGCCGCCGUGGUGGCUGCCAGCAACAUGCAGCACGCGGCGGGGGCGGGGGCGGGCGGCCGCGAGCCCCAUCAUCAUCAUCAUCAUCACCGGCAUCACACGAUGGACGGCGACGAGACGUCCUCGGCGGGCGAGCCGCCGCGGGAGGGCGCGGGCGGCGAGUACGGCGGCGCCUGCUGCGAGCGGGUGGUCAUCAACGUGUCGGGGCUGCGGUUCGAGACCCAGGCCAGGACUUUGGGGCAGUUCCCGGACACCCUGCUGGGCGACCCGGGGCGGCGGAUGUGCUACUUCGACCCGCUGAGGAACGAGUACUUCUUCGACCGCAACCGCCCGAGUUUCGACGCCAUCCUCUACUACUACCAGAGCGGGGGCCGCCUCAAGCGGCCGGUCAACGUGCCCUUCGACAUCUUCACCGAGGAGAUCAAGUUCUACGAGCUGGGGGACGAGGCCAUGCUCAAAUUCCGCGAGGAGGAGGGAUUCGUCAAGGAGGCGGAUAAGCCGCUGCCCGAGGACGACUUCAAGCGCCAGGUCUGGCUGCUCUUCGAGUACCCGGAGAGUUCCAGCCCGGCCCGGGGCAUCGCCAUCGUCUCGGUGCUGGUCAUCCUCAUCUCCAUCGUCAUCUUCUGCCUGGAGACCCUGCCCGAGUUCCGCGACGACCGGGACUUCCCUCCCGCCGCCGCCGACGACGCCGAUGCCGCCGACGACGGGCUUCCCGCCAACGGCACCCGCCGCGCCGGCUGGCCGCCGCUGGCCGCCGCCGCCGCCACCGCCUUCGGCGACCCCUUCUUCAUCGUGGAGACGGUGUGCAUCGUCUGGUUCUCCUUCGAGCUGCUGGUGCGCUUCUUCGCCUGCCCCAGCAAGCCGGGCUUCUUCAGGAACAUCAUGAACAUGAUCGACAUCGUCUCCAUCCUGCCCUACUUCAUCACCCUGGGCACCGACCUGGCCCACCAGCCGGGCAACGGCCAGCAGGCCAUGUCCUUCGCCAUCCUGCGCACCAUCCGCCUGGUGCGGGUCUUCCGCAUCUUCAAGCUUUCCCGCCACUCCAAGGGUCUGCAGAUCCUGGGCCACACCCUGCGGGCCAGCAUGCGGGAGCUGGGCCUGCUCAUCUUCUUCCUCUUCAUCGGGGUCAUCCUCUUCUCCAGCGCCGUCUACUUCGCCGAGGCGGACGACCCCAAGUCGCAGUUCACCAGCAUCCCCGACGCCUUCUGGUGGGCGGUGGUCACCAUGACCACGGUGGGCUACGGCGACAUGAAGCCCAUCACGGUGGGAGGCAAGAUCGUGGGCUCCCUGUGCGCCAUCGCCGGCGUGUUGACCAUCGCCCUGCCCGUGCCCGUCAUCGUCUCCAACUUCAACUACUUCUACCACCGGGAGACGGAGAGCGAGGAGCAAGCCCCGGUCAGCCAGACCACCAGCUGCCCCUACCUGCCGGUCAACCUGCUGAGGAAGUUCCGCAGCUCCUCGUCCCUGGCCAACAAGUCCGAGUACCUGGAGAUGGAGGAAGGCUUGAAGGAGUCCCUCUGCUCCAAACCCAAAGGCAACGGCACCGAGACAGUCAAACACAACUCUGUGCACCUCAAAGCGGUGGAGACCGACGUGUGACUUACUCCCCACUCCUUUAUUUUUUUUGACUUCAGGAGUGUGCUCUCCCCGUGCGGUGCUUUAACCAGCAUUUAAGCGGUGCGCAGAAACU